CUUCUAGCUCCAUUAUUUCUUCAAAAAACCUUCAAGACCCCCAAAAAUCUAUUCCUACUCAUCAUGGCUUCUUUUCGCACAACCGGAGUGGCACUAGUCACUGGCGCUGCGAGUGGAAUCGGGCGCGGGGCAGCAAAUGCUCUUGCUGAAGCUGGCGCUAGAGCCAUCGUCUUCGCAGACAUCGAUGAGGCCGGCGCUGCGAAGGCCUCUGAUGAAAGCAGGAAGUUUGCGACAAAUCCAGAGUACCAGACGCGUGCCUACGCUCUCGAUGUCACAGAUCCAAAGCGGGUCGAUGCAGUUAUUAAGGAGACGUAUAAAGAGUUUGGAAGAAUUGAUUACUUGGUGAAUAGCGCUGGAAUAGAUACUCUCGCUUAUGCCGCCAUCCCCGAUAAUGAUAUGGACGACUACGAAAGGGUCAUGGCCACAAACGCCCGUGGCAUGCUGCUUUGCUCUCGCGCCGCAGUCAAGGUCAUGGAGAAGCAGGAGCCUCGCACCUUUGCAACGAAGUUGGGAGCUACGAGAGAUCUUGGACGCGGGACGAUCAUCAAUGUCACGUCUGUACUCUCGUAUGCGGCCGUUCCUGGGAAGGUGGCAUACAUCGCCUCGAAGCACGCCGCGUUGGGAAUUACAAAGGGCACGGCGCAAGAUGCCGUGGGUAAAGGCAUCCGCGUCAAUGCCGUCUGCCCUGCCUGGGUCAACACCGCUAUACAUGAGGCUGAACGCAAGAAAUUCCCGCCAGUGCAGGACUUUGUCAAAGCAGCAUCGCCAUUGGGUCGACCAGCGGAGCCGGAGGAAGUCGGAGAGGGCGUGGUCUAUCUUUGUAGCCCGGCGGCUUCUUAUGUCAAUGGGAUUGGCCUGAUCAUCGACGCGGGGCUUACCUUGACCGUCCAUCUAGGGAUUUGAAGACGGACAGAGCGACGGGUACAAAGUGGAUGGAUGCAAAUGGAACCGCGCUCUCCUUACGCUUUCAUACGGUAACGCCAAAGUAAUUUUGAUGUAACCUCGUUUUCUACGUAGGACUCGUUUGGAACUCUCAGGCAUGGGGUGAGACUAGUGCAUGAGGCUGGAAC